CGCUAAUCCCUCCUAAAGGCGGAGGACUAGAUUCCGUUUUCUGGUUCGGACGACUUGCAGGUGCCCAUAUAGGGCCAUCCACUCAUCAGUGUUUGCGAAGUGUACAUACAAUACCAUCUGCGAAGUGGUAAGUGCACAUAAGAGCGGCCCUGUCCCCAAGCAAGUAUGGGGAGAGAAGGGGACUUGGAAGAGAAGUCCCUGGUACGCCAGCCAAAACGAACAUCCGUUGGCAGGCGGUCCCCCGAACCAACGUUAUAGCCUGCGCUCCACGCACUUCCAUCCCGUUUCUCACAGUACUGAUGGCGGCGCUUCUCCUCGGCUUGCUUUGCGUCUACGGCACCGGCGUCACCGGCGUCACGGCCCUCGACAACGGCGUUGGCAAGUUCCCUGCGCUUGGGUUCAACACAUGGAACUUAUACCAAUGCGACUACACUGCCGAUGCGUUGCUGGCGCAGGCGCAAGCCAUGGUUGACAAGGGGCUUGUCAAGGCCGGAUACCGGACUUUCAUGCUGGAUGAUUGCUACAGCUUGAAGAAACGAGAUUCGAAUGGGAGAAUCGUGGCAGAUCCCGCAAAGUUUCCCAAGGGCAUGCGGGACUUCACCACGUCGCUCUCCAAGCUUGGCUUUAAGGCGGGCAUCUACAGCGAUGCAGGAUAUUACACGUGUGCUGGAUAUCCCGGUUCAUACGGAAACGAGGCGCUGGACCUUGAGACGUUCGCGGAAUGGGGGUUCAGCUAUCUCAAGUACGACAACUGCUACAUUCCCUUCGACAACGUGACCCAGCAGAACGUGUACGGCCGCUACGAGCGCAUGAGCAACGCGAUCCAAGCUCAAGCCCGGAAAACCAGCUCGGCACCGGUGCAGCUCGCCCUCUGCGAAUGGGGCUGGCAGCAACCGUGGAUCUGGGCGCGGCGCCUGGGCCAGUCAUGGCGUGUCACCGGCGACAUCCGGCCGUGGUGGUCUUCGCUGGCCAGCAUCAUCAACCAGGCCAGCUUCAUCGCCUCGGCCAGUAACUUCUAUGGCCACAACGACAUGGACAUCCUCGAGGUCGGCAAUACAGGGCGCGGGACGCCGCCGGGCAACCUGACAGUCGACGAGGCAAAGAGCCACUUCACCGCCUGGGCCCUCCUCAAGUCGCCUCUGCUGAUCAGCUCCGACAUGGAAGCAGCGUCGCAGGAGACCAUUGAUAUCCUCGCCAACCAGGACAUCCUCAAGAUCAGCCAGGAUCCCAAUGUCGGCGAAUCGAUAACCCCCUUCCGCUGGGGCUCCAACGCCGACUUCACCUGGGACCCAGCCCACCCCGCCGAGUACUGGACCGGCAACUCGUCGUACGGCGUCGUCUUCAUGGUACUGAACACGCACGACGCGGAGCGGCACAUGUCGUUCAACUUGACCGAGAGCUGGGCGAUCCGGGCCGGCCGCGUCUACUCGGUCUACGACAUGUGGUCGCACACGCACAACGGGACGGCGCGGCGGAGCAUCGAACUCACCCUGCCGCCGCAUGGCGUCGCUGCACUGUUGCUCAACGACGCCGGCCCCGAGCCAUCCGGUACGGAGCCGCACUGCGCUCUGUGGUGGCAGUGCAGCUACCCAAAUGGCACAUAUUAUAGCAACUGAUUUCACGAUGAGACAAUGACCAGAUGUGCAAUAUUCAACACGGCUCCUGCUUUACAGAUUCCGUACCCCUGUUACAUGCUGAUGACCAUUGCUGAUAGCU